AAUCACAUGCGUGAUCUAAAAAUAAAAUGUUUGAAUGACUGAAUACGAUUAAUAUUAGAGUCUUGCGUAUUUCUUCUAUGUAUGCUAUAUUAUUUCAUUCACAUCACGGUGUCUAAUAAUAUCGUACCUCUUGCAGCGUUGGGCAUUAUUUGCUACUGCGACGGACAUUGCCCGGACGACAGGCAAAAUGGGACCUGCGAAUUACGAGCUGGAGGCCAGUGUUUCAGCGCUGUGGAAGAGGUGUGGGAGCCCGAGUUGGGAGAAUUCGUCCCCGAAUGGUCGUUCGGUUGCUUGCCGCCCGCCGAGGGAGGCUUCAUGCAGUGCAAGGGAAAUCAAGUUCCUCAUUUACGAGAGAAGAGCAUAACGUGCUGUAACAGUACAUCUCUGUGCAACAAAGAUCAAUUUCCCGAAAUAACUUACAAAUCCCGUCCUACCGCGGAUACCAAUCCGAUGGUCAUCGGAUCGGGAGCGCCGCUAAUCAUCUUGGCAGUAGCGCUAUCAGCGGUUUUCGUCAUCGUCUCGAUAGCGAUAGGAAUCUUGUAUCACAAAUGCCGGAAGAAAGAGCGAGAUCCGUGCCUGGUGCCGUCACAAGGAACCCUCAGGGAUUUCAUAGAUCAGAGCAGUGGAUCGGGCUCAGGAUUGCCGCUUUUAGUACAACAGACGAUCGCGAAACAAUUAGCCAUGUCGCAGUGCGUGGGAAAGGGACGUUACGGCGAGGUAUGGCUUGCUAGAUGGCGAGGCGGUGAAAAAGUGGCGGUGAAGGUUUUCUUCACGUUAGAGGAGGCGUCUUGGUUCAGAGAAACGGAGAUCUAUCAAACCGUCCUCAUGAGACAUGAUAAUAUCCUGGGCUUCAUUGCCGCCGAUAUCAAAGGAACUGGCUCUUGGACUCAGAUGUUGUUGAUCACGGAUUAUCACGAGAGAGGUUCAUUGCACGAUUACCUGCAAACAACUGUACUAGAUCAUCAAGCCUUACUAGCGAUCUGUUCGUCGAUCGCGUCUGGUAUCGCGCACCUACACACAGAGAUCUUCGGUACACAAGGGAAACCCGCAAUAGCUCACAGAGAUAUUAAGAGCAGAAAUAUUUUAGUUAAGAGAAAUGGGGAAUGUGCCAUAGCUGACUUUGGGUUGGCCGUUCGCUACAUCAGCGAGAGCGGAGAGAUUGACAUCGCGCCAAAUACUCGAGUGGGUACACGUCGUUACAUGGCACCGGAAGUGUUAGACGAGACCCUGAACACGUCCUCCUUUGACGCGUUCAAAAUGGCAGAUAUGUAUUCCAUCGGUCUCGUGUUUUGGGAAGCGUGCAGAAGGUGCGUGACAGGUGGUAAGAAUUCUAUGGUGGAGCCUUACGCCUUGCCUUAUCACGAUGUCGUACCAAACGACCCGGGCUUCGAAGACAUGCGCUUGGUAGUCUGCGUGAAACGAUUGCGUCCAGUUAUUCCAACGAGAUGGGAUAACGAUUCGGUCCUAUAUGCGUUAAGCAAAAUGAUGUCGGAAUGUUGGCAUCCGAAUCCACCAGUUCGCUUAACUGCUCUUCGCGUUAAAAAGACACUAUCGAAACUACAUGUUGAUAACAUCAGUAUCAAGAUCGUGUAGUGCUUGACGUGAUUAUGAGAAACUGACUCUUCUUCUAGUUAAACAAACAACUUCCUACUCCUGUAAAUAAGCCCUUAGUGACACUAGAAUUGUUGACUGCAGCCUGAAGACUGAUGAUUAAAGUUUAUAAGUAUAAGAAGGAGAGAGAAAGAAAAUGUGAAUGAAUGUAUGCAAGAAAUGAAUGAUCAAUUGUAGAAGAUAAGCGACAUGUAUAUAUUGUAUAUAGAGAAAAAGAUAGAGAUAGAGAGAGAUAUUCGUAUAUAAAAGCGUUUCUGAUUCCUUUAUCUUUCAUUGAAGAAAAAUUAUUUUCGUUGAAGAUAUAAAUUUUCAAAGAAAAGGUAAACGCGGAAGAUUUUGAACAUUUUGUGUAUAAAUUUUCUUUUAUAUUUAUGUGAAACGUAUCAAAGUUGGGGAUGAUUUUGGUACGCUUCACCAUGUUGAACCUCGUUGACUAUGUAAUCAGCGAAGGGUAUUCUAUUUGAAGAUAGAAAUGAAAUAGUGGUCAUAUAAUUAUAUAAAAGAAAAUGUAUACACUACUUUUGACCUUACAGCCGCGUAAAACGAAUUCAGCGUGUGAAAAUAUCGCAUAUUCGACAUGUAACAAAUCAUAUAAAAUGUAUUUCCGCAUAAAAUGCAUUUCGCAUUUGCGUCACGUCACUCCGUUCGGAAUUUGAAAGUAUGUGUAACGUGCCUAAUGAAAUAUUGUAUAAACUAAGUUAAUGCUACUUUGCGGCCUAUGUCACACGUGCCGAGAGAGAUUUCUCUUUCAAGUACCUCAAAAUAUAUUUAUUAUUGAAGAUUAGCUUCAUAAUAUACGCGUUGCGCAUAUGCGUGAAAUUUGCAUGGAGCAGAAAUUUCGCGCGUUAACGCACGGUCAUAAAUUAUUAAUGUACGAUUACAAUUUAUGAUUAUUGCGCGUAAUCUCGUGAAAUAAUUAAAUAUUGAGGAUUGAGAAGAUUUUUCUAUCUCAUAAUGCAAAAAUUUUACACAUUAAUUGGCGAUUGCAAAUUAUGCGCAAGGUUAUAUUAUUAUUUGUACAAUUUUGUAACUUAUAUCUCUAACUUGUACAAAUGGAAUAUAUAAUCCAUUCGAAAUACUAGUUUGGGUAUAUACAUGAUCGGUCGUCGAUCAUCCCAAGAUGUUUUCAUUACGCUGCCGAUGUAGAUUUUAUGCUUUUGUACAGAGAAAGUGACUAGAAAAGAGGAGAAAUUGUGAAAAAGUUAACAAUUAUAUAAUGCAAUAACAGUGUAUAAUGAUGUAAUGUUAUUUUAGAAGGCAAUGUAAUCUUCCAUAUCCCUUCGAACUUAUAUAGCAUUUACUGAUCGAAAUCGUUAAUCAAUCAAAAGAUUUUUUAUGUAAAUUAAAAGAUUGUAAAACUAGGUUCUCUUCCUCUUUUAUAAGUGUUUUCAAAAGUUUUUUUUUCUCAUCAAGUUGAAGAUUGUUAUGUUAUGUAUGAAACUUUUGCAUGUAAUUAAACAGAAAAAGAAAAUUGUAGGUGAUUGUUAAUUGAUUGAAGACAAUGAAAUUUAUAUUAAAAAGU